ACCAUGAGUUGCCAACUGAACAUCAAGUCUGGUGGCAACAAGGGUGACUUCAGUGGGUACUCAGCAAUGGUGCCAAGGAAGUCUGUGGGCACUGCGGCUUCUUGCAGUGCAGCUGGCAAAGGGGCUGGGGCUAGCUUCGGCAGUCAGAGCCUCUACAGUCUCGGAGGGAAUCCACGUAUUUCCCUCAAUGUGGCUGGUGCCGGUGUUUGGACUGGAGGCUACAGCUUUGGGCUUGGCUCUGGGCAUGCAGGGGGCCAGGCCAGUGGCUUUGCUGGCAGCAUGUUUGGCAGCGUAGCCCUGGGACCUGUGUGCCGAUCCAUGUGCCCACAAAGGGGCAUCCAUCAGGUCACUGUCAACAAGAGCCUGCUGGCUCCCCUCAAUGUGGAGCUAGACCCUGAGAUCCAGAAAGUGCGCACCCAGGAACGGGAGCAGAUCAAGGCUCUGAACAACAAAUUUGCUUCCUUCAUUGACAAGGUGCGGUUCCUGGAGCAGCAGAACAAGGUGCUGGAGACUAAGUGGAACCUGCUGCAGCAGCUGGACCUGAACAACUGCAAGAACAACCUGGAGCCCAUCCUUGAGGGCUACAUCAGCAACCUGCAGAAGCAGCUGGAGAUGCUGACCGGGGACAGCGUAAGGCUAGACUCGGAGCUGAGGAUCACGCAUGACCUGGUGGAGGACUACAAGAAGAGAUAUGAGAUGGAGAUUAGCAGGCGCACAGCAGCUGAGAAUGACUUUGUGGUACUCAAGAAGGAAGCAGACGCAGCUUACGCGGCCAAGGUGGAGCUACAAGCCAAAGUGGACUCUCUGGACAAAGACAUCAAGUUCCUCAAGUGUCUAUAUGAUGCGGAGAUCACCCAGAUCCAGACCCACGUCAGCGAGACCUCUGUCAUCCUCUCCAUGGAUAACAACCGGGACCUGAACCUGGACAGCAUCGUCGCAGAGGUCAAGGCCCAGUACGAGGACAUUGCCCAGAGGAGCAAGGCCGAGGCCGAGGCCCUGUACCAGAGCAAGAUCCAGGAGCUGCAGCUGGCAGCUGACUGGCACAGUGAUGACCUUAAGGACACCAAAAACGAGAUGUCAGAGCUGAACCGGCUUAUCCAGAGGACCCGGUCUGAGAUUGGCAACGCGAGGAAGCAGUGCUCCAGCCUGGAGACGGCCAGCGUGGAGGCCGAGCAGCAGGGGGACAACGCCCUCAAGGAUGCCCGGGCCAAGCUGGACGGGCUGGAGGGCACCCUGCACCAGGCCAAGGAGAAGCUGGCUGGGAUGCUGCGCGAUCACCAGGACCUGAUGAACCUAAAGGUGUCCCUGGACAUGGAGAUCUCCAUCUACCGCAAGCUGCUGGAGGGUGAGGAGAGCAGGAUGUCUGGUGAGACUCCAUCCUCUGUGAGCAUCUCCGUCAUCAGCAGCAGCGGCGGAACCAGCUACAGCUACCAGCCCAGCACCAUAAGGGCUGACCCCAGGGUCAGCAGAGGGGCCAGCAGCAACCCCAGUGCCCGAAGUGGGGGGUCCAAGAUCAAAGGGGCACGAGCAGGGGCCCCCAAGGAUUCCCCAGUCGCAACCCCAGUCAGGAAGGCCACCCAAUAA